UGCUUGGAUCACACACAGGAAUGCAUCGAUCACGAGUCAGGAGUACCGUCACCUUCUUGCUUCUCGGCAGCAUUCUCCAUGAUGCCAUCACGGACACGGUGGUGCUGGCAGCGACAUUCUUCAGGCCCCACAACCACCAACAGCCCAGUAAAAUGCCUCUCAGUUGGACUGAACACACCCAUGUGCCACGCUUCGUGUGUAUCUGUUCUUUCAGGCCUCAAUCCCGCGCGAACCGUGCCUAUGAACGCAAGGCGGUCAUGUUGGACCCCGGACAUUGGCUCCGGCUAACCAUGCUGCUCUUACACUCCCAUCAGGACGCCAAUAAUUCCAUGUAAGAUCGGACGAGUCAGUUACAUACGUCUCGGGAAUGCAAGUAUACAUUGGGCCAGGCACCCACUCUCGAUGAUGAUCAUGCAUCUCAUUCGCAAAUUCAAGCUAUAGUGCGAAUCUCGCUACUACUUCAAUGCCAUCAGAGUCAUCUGACCGUCCCUCAGACCUCGAUAGAGGCGUUGCCUUUGCUGCGAUAUUCAUCUCGGAGUGUGUGCUAACGACCGUUGUUGUCGUGCUUCGUUUCUGGGCCAGAUGGAGCAUUCGAAAGAUUGCCAUUGAUGACUGGGUGAUGCUCGCAACUUGGGUCUGUCACUUUGUCUUCACAGUCAUGUCGGCUGUGCUAGGUCUACAGGGUGGUACUCGACAUCUCGUCUACCUGCAACAAGACCCAGAGCAUGCUAUAUGGCUCACAAAGCUCAACUGGGUCUCUCAACCAUCCGGCAUUACCGCACUAGGGCUAGGCAAAGUCGCAGUCGCACUUCUGAUCCUGCGCAUCCAAGGAAAUGGCGUACCCUGGAGGAAAUGGCUACUACACGUGGUUAUCUGGCUCACUAUCAUAUUUACGAUCUUGACGGUAGCCUUCACUUUUGGCCAAUGCAAUGACCCGACAGCACUUUGGGAUCCAGAGUCCAAGGCUACUGCCAAGUGCUGGAAGCCUGAGACUCAGAAAAACUUUUCGACCUUCUCGGCCAGCUGGAACUGCGCUGUCGACAUGCUGCUCGCAAUUCUGCCCGUGACGCUUGUGAAGGACUUGCACAUGGAGCUGAAGAAGAAGAUCGGGCUCUGUCUUCUACUUGGCCUGGGCAUCUUUACUGGUGUCUGCGCUGCCAUCAAGAUAAACCAACUCGUAACGCUCGCUGCACGCUCCGACUUCACUUGGGCCACAUACCAGCUCUUCAUCUGGACCAAUACCGAGGGCGCGCUCGUCAUCAUCUGUGGAUCCAUCCCCGCUCUUAAGCCUCUAUACAGGCUCGUGCGAGGCGAACCUAUUCACAGCUACGGCACUGGCAGUGGCAAUCAAGGCUCCAGAGGGUCGUACAGCAAACAUAUCGCAGCAGUCGCGCCGAGAUACUAUCCCGCGCACACCUUCGAGGUGCGCUCGUCACCACAACGGUCCGGGGAGGAGUCAGGAGGUUCAAGGUCGGAGACAUUGAGUGAUGGGAAUAGUGAGACGCUCAUAAUCAAGCCGGAUGCAGACAGGGGCACGGAUCAGAUCAGAAUCACACAGACGUUUGAGGUCGGCUGGGCGGACGACAUACGGGUCAAUCAUGCAGUGUAGUAGAUGUCUGAUUUUGAGAUAUGCAUUCAUUUGUAACGCUUGUGUUCUUUCAAGCUCUCCUUUGGAAAUACAUACAAGCUUUUGCGUGUCAAUCCGAG